GAGUGUAUUCAUGUGUGGCGCAUAUAUCAGUUCGAUGUUACUUCUUCGGGAGCGAUCUCAGGCAGCAUCCCAAGUGCCAGACCAUCUCAAAGCAGUCUUGAAUCAACCAUCAGUUGAAAUUAGCUAAUCGUCCCGAAUGGACGCAGUCUUCUAAGUUAGUGAACUAUCCUCGGAAAUUAGGGAAAUUAGUGAUCUCGCGAGUUUAGUGAUCCUCGCGCAAUUAGGACGAUUUCGCUGUGUCAGGAGAAAUUGUGCAAAGUGUGCUUUUUGUGUUAGUGGACAAGGGAAAAUGAUAAAGAGUGAGGAGAAUGUGGACUCAAGUAGCUCCAAUAUCUACAAUCGAUCCACACCCAAUCAUAUUAUGCCACCUACAACGAUCCUAUCGCUACCUUCGGUAUCAGCCGCCGGUGAAAACAUCAUCGAACGUUCACUGGGCAUUGACGAGAAACCUCCAGUCGCCUAUCUCAAUCGCCAUCUACUCAAUAGCCCCUUUAUCCCUAGCCACAGUACAGCCAUCCAGAUGACCCCCACAAUCACUUCCAAUUCAUCCUCUGUUCUUUGCAAUUCAUCCCAAAAUAAAUCCCCAUCUCGUCAACCCCUUCUGCCUUAUCUAACAACCCUUGGACCUCCUGCCAUCUCCUCUAGCCAACACAUCACUUCUCCCAACAUCAAGUACUGCACCAGCACAGGAAUGGAGAUCAUUGCACAUCAACCCCCGCCGACUCCGGACACCAGCAGUGUCUCUCCCACUUCCUCCUCCGCCGGAGUCUCUGCCCAGACAUCCAAUGGAGUUCAUGCAUCCGAAUCAGGAUUCGGAUCACCUUCCAAGAAGGUUCAACAGUCGGAAAAUGCUGCACCCGACACAACCAAGAAAAGCACCAAUACACGACGUCCUGAAAAGCCAAAUCUCAGCUAUAUUAAUAUGAUAGCAAUGGCAAUCAGGGAGUCUCCAGAUAAGAUGCUAACUCUCAGCGGGAUUUACGCAUUUCUGCAACAAAAAUUUGACUUCUUCAAGGGAUCUUAUGUGGGCUGGAAGAACUCUGUGAGACACAAUUUGUCCCUCAAUGAAUGCUUUCAGAAAGUGCCAAAGAAUGCGGGAAUUGGAAAGUCAGGAAAGGGUCACUAUUGGACUAUUGAGGCCAAAUCAGAGUACAUGUUCCAGGACGAGAGUUGCCAAAGAAGACGUCCCAGAGGCUACCGGAAAAAAAUGAGUACGGCACCAUAUCCCCAACCAAACAAUUUCUAUACAACAGCCCCCACGUAUGAAUCUACACCAAUUACGGAACUCUCUAACUGCUACCCAUCAUUUUCUUAUGAAUAUGCCACUGCUCCGGCGUCUUUCACGGAUAAUUGGGCCUAUGCCUCAGAGAGUAUUGGACAGUAUCAAAAGAUUUCGCACACAUCGAUGCAGGAUGGUUCCCCGCCGCUCAACCAGAAUCCUGCCCAAGUGAUCGAGUACGGAUAUUCCUACAGCCCAAGUCCCUACUCCAUCGACAACACAGGUAUUAGGAUGCCCACGCUCUCCCAGAUGCCUCCUCCACUUCCGACGAUGCCUCCAGUCAGCAAUAGCGGUGGUGUCUUGAUGGAUCGCAAAGGUGGUUACACUACUCCGAUGACGCCUCCGUCUGCCACUCUGCACCACACACCGGCCAAUGGAUCCCUGCCUCAUCAGUAUUACUAGGGGCCACUGGAAAUGAAGGCUGAGUCAAAAAUUCGUGGUUUUCUUCUGUACGGAAAAUUAUAUAAAAUAAGAUAUAAAGGCAAAGUUGGAAAGAAAAA